AUGGCGGUUUUAUCGUUUGCCGUUUUCUCUAUUCCAUUUGCCGUCAAACCUACUAGGGCUUGCCUACCCAACCCCUCAUCCUCUCAAUUGCACGCUUUCGACGCCAAGUUCAUCAAACGCGCCGCUGAACUAGCCGAUAAGUCUGCCGGUUUCACUGCUCCACACCCCAAUUUUGGCUGCGUGAUUGCCACCACCGGUAGUGGAGCCGCCCAUGGAGAUGGGAGGGUGGUCGGAGAAGGAUACCUUUACGCCGAGGGUACCGCUCCGGCGGAACUGCAGGCUGUUGAGUCAGCCGGAGAGCUCUGCAGGGGCGCCACUGCUUAUCUCAAUAUGGAGCCUGGCGAUUGCUACAGUGAUCUCACCGCCGUCUCGGCUAUUGUCAAUGCAGGAAUUAGCAGAGUUGUGGUUGGCAUUCGACAUCCUUUGCAACAUCUCCGAGGUAAUGCCAUUCGGGCAUUGAGAAGUGAAGGACUGCAAGUAGAUGUUCUCGGAGAAGAUAUACAGAGUAAAACUAUUGAGGACGCUCUGAAAUCUUGUCUGCUUGUAAAUGCUCCUUUGCUUUACAGAGCUGCUUACCGAGUUCCAUUCUCCUUUUUGAAAUAUGCAAUGACACUUGAUGGGAAAAUUGCUGCAAGCAGUGGAGAUGCAUCAUGGAUAAGCAGCAAACUGUCCAGAAGCCUUGUUUUUCAGUUGCGCGGCAGAAGCGAUGCUGUAAUUGUAGGAGGAAAUACUGUACGCAGAGAUAAUCCGCGUUUAACUGCAAGACAUGGAGGUGGUCAUUUGCCUAGACGAAUUGUAAUGUCAAGAACGCUUGAUCUGCCGGAAGUGGCAAAUUUAUGGGAUGUCUCUGAGGUACCCACUAUAGUUGCCACACAAAGAGGUGCAAAAAGGAGUUUCCAAAAAUACCUAGCAUCCAAAGAUGUUGAGGUAGUGGAGUUUGACAUUUUGAACCCUAGAGAUGUCAUGGAGUACUUCUAUGACCGUGGUUAUCUUUCAAUCCUUUGGGAAUGCGGGGGAACUUUGGCUGCAUCUGCUAUCGAACAUGGUGUCAUACACAAGGUACAUGCAUUUGUUGCUCCUAAAAUUAUUGGGGGAAUUGAUGCUCCUUCUCCAGUUGGCGAACUUGGAAUGGUUGAGAUGUCGCAGGCGAUAGAGUUAAAUGAUGUUUCUUAUGAGCAGAUUGGGCCUGACAUGCUUAUAAGUGGAUUUCUUCAGCCAGUUCCUGAUCUCGCCCCUACUAUUCCAUCAUUUGAAGAAACCUAUGCAGUGGAUCAAACAGUUUCCCCAUAUGAAUCCAGCAUUAUAUUCUUUUACAAAACAUGGGAUCCCUAUGGUGCUUUUUCAAACUUCUCUCCUCAUCCAAUUCAAAUGCCAGACGAAAAUGGAGAUUAUAUCUCCUGGUCAAGUGUCGAGCAUUAUUACCAGGCACAAAAGUUUGUAGGAGUUACUGAUCCAAGAGCUCAGGAAUGUCUGAAUGAAAUAAAAUCUGCUAGAAGUCCAGAAGAAGCUGCACGGAUUGGGAGGAAAAUACAGAGGCAAUGUCCUCAUCUGGUGAGAGGCGAUUGGGAGCUUGUCAAAAUUGAUAUAAUGUACAACGCCUUGAAAUGCAAGUUCACCAUCUAUCCACAUUUGAAUUCCAUGCUGCUAUCAACUGCAGGGUAUGUUCUCGUAGAAGCAUCGCCCCAUGAUCUGUUUUGGGGCGGAGGUCGAGAUGGGGAAGGACUAAAUUAUCUUGGAAGGUUGUUGAUGCAAUUAAGGUCAGAGGUCCUUGGUGAAUCCCCUCUCGUAUCAAAGAAUCAGGCUGCAAUUCAGCAAGAAAAAGAAGAUGAAGUGAACAAAUUAUAG